ACUUGUUUCCUAACCCUUGUGAAUCCCGUUUUAAAGCGUCGAGUUUACUCUAUAAAUAGCCAUCUCGAUUUCUCAGACAUUCACCUUUAUUCUUCCUCUCGUGUUUUUCUCCCCCCGAAAUUCCUUCUUGUAAGUUUCUUGUAUAAGUUAGGGUUGCAUCUAUCCUUCUGUUAAACAAACAGACAUGGAUAUGGAUUUAUCAGAGAAUCAACAUAUGAUUUUUGAACCACUUUCAGCUGAACAAAUUGCUACCAACGAGAAGAAAAUGAACAUGACUUUGGAUGAUAUUGUCAAGAUGUCCAGAAAAACUGCUGGCUCUAACCCCAGAAAACCAAGGCCAUAUUUGAACAGAAGGAGGAACGUUCCAACUGUUGGUGGGAAUUUUUCUAAUGUAUGGAGUUUGAGGGAAUCUAAACCGUCUACGAAACACAACAGAAAGCAGAAGUUUCCCAGUGCUGGUGCUCCUUUAAGGAAUUCUACAAGUGUUUGGAGUUGUCUGAAGGUUUCUAAACCUUCUGUCAGACAGAGUUUGCCUACUCAAAGAUACCUAAACCUCCAAGACAACCAGCAUAUCGUAAGAGCGAUUGCCACUAAUGUGCAACCAGCUACAACUCGUACCAGGCCUUUAAUCCGCAAUAAGAUGCCUAAUUUGAGCAACUCAAGGGCUGGGGUUUCACCUGUUCAGGAAAGAAGAUUUGCUGAAAAGAAGCAGAAAUGGAUGAAAUGGCAGAACCAGGUUUACAGCGCUCAGAAAUUCGGCGCUUUUUGUGCAAGGAAGACGGUCGUGCCUCAUUCCCAGGAAUAUUACGAGUACUGAAGUGUUGGUGGCGGGGCUACAAAAAGUCAUCUUCUACAGCAUGACAUAUCUGCUGAAUCUCUCCACAGCCAGACUAGAUGCAAAAUAAGAAAAAAAAACUUCAUCAAAGAGUAGUUUUUGGUUUAUUCUUUUAGUAUGUACGAAUUCUAUUUGCUAUAUAAAACUUCAGAA